AUGUUGCCUAGGAGCCAGGAUUCCCCGAAACACUUUGUACCUGAUUCCGUUCCCGUUCCCCGAGAAGCCUAUGAGAGAGAAGAGUACUUCUCUCUUUGUGCGGUGGAAGCAAUUCCUGAGCGUCUUGCUUUGAUUUCAUACAUUGUUGAGUAUGCAUACGUGCACGAUGAUUUAAUUGAAUAUGCCGAAGAGAAACGCGAUUCGGAGCUCUACAAAGCAAACAAGCAACUCACAGAGGGUCUCGAGGAAUAUGGGAAUGAAAAACUAUCUACGAGAAGCAAUGUGAAGCGACAAAUGCAGGCGAAGAUGGCUACUGAACUUCUGGAUCUCGACUUAGAGCAGGGUCAAACUAUUCUCCGUCUCUGGAAGGAGAUGUCAAACGUGUUUGUGGAUAUCAGAGAUCUUGACUUCCAAACAUUGGAGGACUAUUUCAUAUUUCGCGCUGUUGAUGCUGGAUGCCCAUGGACCAUGGCCUUGAUGUGCUUCUCUAUGGAUUUCUAUCUCACGGAUGAGGAGACAGCACAGACUUCCAGCAUUACAAGUGCUGCAUAUGACGCUUGGGUUCUGGUGAAUGACUACUUUUCUUGGGAGAAAGAGUACAAGAAUUACGAAGCCAACGGGAGCACUGGGCAGAUUGUUAGUGCCGUCUUUCUGUUCAUGAAGUGGCAUAACAUCGAUCAGUCCACGGCUAAGAAAAUGCUUCGAGGGGAGAUUAUUUCUCGCGAGGAAAGAUACUGCCAGCUCAAGGCGGAUUACUUCGCUCGCGGAAACGUGACAAGCAGGAUUAUCAAAUGGUUUCAGUUGCUUGAUAUUGUCACAGCUGGAAAUUUUGUGUGGAGCAUGACCACUGCACGCUAUCAUGAUGACGCUGAAGAUGCGUAUCCGGGUUUGCGGGCUGUAAAUCAGAAAAAGAAAGACUCUCGUCCUUUCAGCAGCCUAAGCACACCGAUCGCGCCGCUUAGGAUAAAUGCGAAAAGGCAACAAUCAGUGGGGCUUGUAGCUCCGGAUUCCCCUGGCAGCCUUGGAUCCAGCUCGGAUAGUGAGGUCGACACUGGACUCACAAGCCCUGCUUCAUCGAAACCUGAGCAGCGAAAGGAUAGCAUCCCCGUCCCUCUCCCGGCAUUUGAAGAAAUUUCCUUGGAGCCCUACGUUUAUUUGAAAUCUCUACCAUCGAAGGGAGUGAGAAACGCGGCAAUUGAUGGCCUUGAUGUCUGGUAUCAGGCCCCUGAACGAUCUGUUAUUCUGAUUCAAGAAAUUGCCGAUUUGCUGCACAGUUCCUCCCUAAUGGUUGAUGAUAUACAGGACAACUCACCAUUGAGACGCGGCUUCCCAGCUACGCAUAUGGUUUUUGGUAUUGCCCAGACAAUCAAUUCGGCUAAUCUUCUGUUGCUGAAGGCCUUAAAGGCUGCGAUGACACUGUCAGCUAGUGCUGUCAAUAUUUUCACAACCAGACUGCUCGAAGGACAUAUAGGCCAGGGAAUGGAUCUAAACUGGACAAACCAGACGCACGUGCCGACGGAGGAAGAGUACUUUACUAUGAUUGACGGUAAAACGGGCGGGUUAUUUGUUCUCAUAGCCCAGUUGAUGCGCUCCGAGGCAACGACAAACAAAGGCCUUGAUGUAUCAACUCUCAUGAAGGCCGUAGGCAGGUUCUUCCAAGUCCGCGAUGACUUCCUAAAUCUUCAAGAUGCGGAUUAUACGAAGAAAAAAGGGUUUGCAGAGGAUCUAAGCGAAGGCAAGAUCUCUCUACCGCUUAUCCAUACCUUGGCAGAGCAAUCCCAGCAUCGCAGCCGGCUACUCAAUAUCCUACAGCAGCGAAAAACGGGUAGAUUCCUUUCUCCCGAGCUACGGAAGCUAGCAUUGGACGAUAUUACCGCCACUGGCGGGCUAGAUUAUACAAAGAGGACCCUAUUGGGCUUACAGAAGGACUUGGACACAUAUCUGACACGCACCGAGGAAAUGGCAGGUGAAAGUAACUGGAUUCUACGGUUGAUGAAAAAGCGGUUGGAAAUUUGA